UUUCGUUCAAGAAUAAAAUUUUACAAACUGACGAUGGAUUUGUUGAAAUGGACCCUGACGAAUAUUUCAAUAGAAUUAUACACUUGCUUCAUGACUCCCUUAAAGAUGCUAAAAGAAAUGCCGAAAAUGUGAUGUGUUUGGGCAUAAGUGUACAGAGGGCAACUUUUAUCACUUUUGACAAACAUUCUGGUAAACCAUUUCAUCAAUUGAUAUCAUGGAAAGAUCAACGUGGAGAUAAAAUAACUAAAAAGUUCAACAAAAGCCUUCUUUUGAAAGUUAUUCAUGUUGGAUCAGAUUUUCUUCAUUUUUUCACCCGGAGUAAUAAAUUUAAGCAAACAAAAAAUUUAAAAUUGGAAAACAAUUUUGUAGCACCGCGACUAAGCAAGAUUAUCGAAAACAAUAGAAAACUCAAAGAUGCAAUGAGAAAUGGGCGCGCAGUUUUUGCCACUGUAGAUACUUGGCUCAUGCACAGACUAAGAUAUGUAAAUGGAUUAGAAAAGUACGAACCGGUAACUGAAAUCACAAAUGCUUCUGCAACAAGUCUCUUUGAUCCAUUUUCGAUGACAUACAUUCAAGCAUUCUUGAAAUACUUUAAAAUUAAACGAAGUGUAUUACCUGCAAUCGUGGAUAAUUCUCAUGACUUUGGAUACACACAUAAGUCAAUAUUUGGUAUUCCCAUAAAAAUAGCAACAAUAAUUGCAGAUCAAUCUGCUUCUCUUAUAGGAAACGGAUGUUUUAGAAACAUGGAUGCAAAGAUAACACUUGGAACUGGUGCUUUUCUUCAUAUUAAUACAGGCAAUAAAUGUGUAGGAUCAGCCAAUGGGGCUUACCCAUUAGUUGCAUGGGACUUAACAAAGAAGAAAAUGAAGCCCUCAGUGAUUUAUUUCACUGAAAGAAGCUUUAAAGAAUCUAACGAUGUCAUUAAAAUCGCUACAACUAUUGGAUUAUGUAGCGAUGUUAAAGAGCUCUCGGAAAUGGCAUUUUCUGUUAAGAACAGUAAUGGUGUUUUUUUCAUACCAAAAUUCAACUCAAUGACUGGUUUCUAUGGAUAUAAGAAUUCAUCGAAGAAAGAGCAUCUUGUACGGGCAAUCUUAGAGACAAUAGUUUUCCAUGUGGGAAUUUUCUUUUUUCGAACUGAAGAGGAAACUUCAUAUCAUUUUGAAAAAAUUCGAAUUGAUGGAGGUAUUUCCGAGAAUGAUUUUAUAUGUCAACACAUUGCUGAUCUUAUAAAUGUUCCGAUUGAAAGAUCUCAAGUUGCAAAAGAACUCACAUCUUAUGGUGUUGCGUAUCUGUCUGCUUAUUUAAAUAAUGUCAUUUUAGACGAACUUGAAAAUUCUUCAAAACUUUAUAAAGUUGAUAAAAUAUUUAUUCCCAAUAAGGAUAAUCGAAAAGAGCUUUUUAUGAGAUACAAAAAAUAUGAAGAACUUUAUAAAAUAUAUAAAAAUUUCAAUUUAGAUGAAUGCUUUUGUUUCUUAAAAUUGAGCUUUCAAUACUACAAUAAAAACAUUAUGCUUAAACGGGGAGCACUUAUUGUUUUUGAAGGAUGCGAUCGUGCAGGAAAGACUACUCAAUGCAAAAAGCUUGUUGAACGUCUAAAAAAUCAGAAUUUAAAUGUGAAAUUUAUGAACUUUCCUAAUCGUGAAACACAAUCAGGAAAAAUUAUAGAUGCAUACCUGCGAAACAAAGAGACACUUACAGAUGAAGGUAUACAUUUGUUAUUCACUGUUAAUCGUUGGGAAGCAAAAAAAGAAAUGGAACAGGAAUUACUCAAAGGAACAACAAUCAUAGUUGAUCGUUAUUCCUAUUCAGGAGUUGCGUUUUCUGCCGCUAAAGGUCUCGAUUUCGAAUGGUGUAAGACACCAGAGAAGGGUCUACUGAAACCAGACUUGGUAAUAUAUCUUACAUUAUCAGCUGAUGCAAUGGCUCGAAGAGAAGGAUUUGGUAAUGAGCGCUAUGAAACGAAAGAAAUGCAAAAUAACGUCAAAACAAUCUAUGAAAAAAUGAUUGAAACUCCUUUAUGGCAAAUUGUUGAUGCAGAUAAAACAGAAGAAGCAUUAACAGAUGAACUUGAGAAUAUUAUUCAUGAAAGAAUGAGAAUUUUAGAUAAAAAUAUAAAAACUAUGUGUAACGAUUUUAACAUGAAGAUUAAAGAACUUCAAAAAGCUGUUAAUGUUGCUUGGUCACCGCAACGCCAAAUUCCCAUAUUACUAGCUGCAGGGACUGCCGCUCAACAAGUUCUUGAUACUUCACUUAACAGCUCAAACCCAUCAUUAGAACUUUAUUCACUUAAUCUUUCUGAGCCUGGAUAUGAUCUCGAUCUUAUUGGUGUACAGCAGAGCGCACACAAAUUUCAUAAAAUUGUGUGGAGCCCUUUUGACAAUUCCGAAAAUUAUCCAAAUGGAGUCAUCGUGGGUGGAUGCGAAAGUGGCUUAAUGAAAAUUUACAACGUCUCAAAAAUCCUAGCUGGCGAAGAUGGUCUUGUAGCACAAUCAGAUAAACAUAAUGGUCCUGUUCGUACGAUUGACUACAAUCCAUUUAAAAGCAAUCUUAUCGCCUCAGCUGCGUCUGAAUCUGAAAUUUUUAUUUGGGAUGUCAACAAUACAAGUGUUCCUAUGACACCGGGUGCAAAAACGCAACCUUUUGAAGAUGUUUGUGGUGUUGCUUGGAAUCGUCAAGUUCAACAUAUUCUUGCUUCAUCUUUUGCCACUAAAUGUGUGAUUUGGGACUUAAGGAAGAACGAACCAAUAAUCAAAUUAAGCGACACUCAAUCAAGAGUUCGUUGGCGUGUUGUUCAAUGGCAUCCUGAUGUUGCAACUCAGUUAUGGCUAGCAAGUGAAGAUGAUCAAUCACCAGUUAUACAAUUAUGGGAUUUACGUUAUGCAACGGCACCUUCAAAAACGCUCCAAAUACAUUCACGAGGUGUUCUCGGAAUGGCAUGGUGUCCAAGUGAUCCUUCUUUAAUGAUGUCAUGUGCAAAAGAUAAUAAGAUUUUAUGUUGGGAUGCCAAUUCAGAAGAUUCUCAUGGAGAAGUUUUAUCUGAAAUCGCAUCGACUAAUCAAUGGUAUUCAGACAUAUCGUGGUGUCCUAGAAAUCCAGCCAUUGUAGCAGCGUCAAGUUUUGAUGCAAACGUUUCAAUUUAUUCAAUUUUCGGUGGAUCACAACAACAAGUGCAGACGACAAGUAAAAUCGCUGAUUCAUUUCCAGGAAUGGAACAAAUUCCUCAUGAAAAUGUUCACCAACAAGCAAGUUCACAAUCAGUGAUUUUCCACGAUUUAAAACGACCACCAAAAUGGCUUAAACGUCCUGCCGGAAUAUCUUUUGGCUUUGGUGGAAAACUUGUUACAUUUAAUUCCGAAAAUCGUUCGCUUAACAUCAAACAACUUAUAACAGAUGAAAGUCUUGUGAAGAGAUCAACAGAACUUGAGAAUGUUUUAGUUCAAGGAAAUUAUUCUGAUUAUUGCAUACAGAAAGCGAAUGAAAGUAACGAUCAACAUAAUCGUUUCAUUUGGUACUUCUUGAAAGCUUAUUUCGAAGAAAAUACUACAAAUGAAUUUUUGAAUCUGCUUGGCUAUCAAGUUGAAGAUAUUGCAAAUAAAUUUAGUAAAAUCAUGGAAUCUAAAGACGGAAAAGGAAAUCACGAUUUCUCUGAUGACUUAAGUAAAAAGAUGGCAAAUCUUAAUCAGAUCGAUUCAAGUGAAGAGAGCUCAAGUGACGACAACACAGACUUAUCGAAUCAAGAAGGAUUUGAAAUGAAUGGAACUACAAACAACACUGAAUCGGGAACAAAUGUUCCUUUCAAAUUAACAACGACUGGAACUGAAGGUUUGAUUUGUGAAGCUCUUUUAACUGGAAAUAUUUCAGCCGCUGUUGAGUUGUGUAUGAAUGCGGGACGAUCAACUGAUGCAAUUAUUCUAGCAUCUCUUGGUGGAAGUGAUUUAUUAGCACGAACACAAUAUCGUUACUUAAAAGGAAAUGAAAGUUUCAUAUCCAAUCUUAUCUCAGCGAUGGUCAUGGCUGAUUGGAGUGGCGUCAUUUUGCAAUGUACGAUUGACUCAUGGAAGGAAGCACUUGUAGCUGCACUCACUCAUAGCCGUGAUCAAUCGCCAUUACUUUGUGAGAGGCUUGGAGAAAGACUGCAAAUUGAAUCAGAUGGCGAUGAUUCAAUCGUCAAGAAUUCCAUUUUAUGUUACAUUUGUGCUGGUAAUAUUGAACGAAUCGUUGAUGCUUGGAGUACAAUCAAUGGAGCUGAUUCAACGGAAGAUUCCGAGAAACUUCAAGAACUUGUUGAAGUUGUUGUGCUCUUAAGUAAAGCAAUGGAACGAAAAGGCAAAACUGUUCCUGUUUAUGGGAAGUAUGCGGAACUUCUUUCGAAAUAUGCUUCACUUCUCGCUGCUCAAGGUUCAUUGGACAUGGCUUUGACAUACAUUGGAACAUCACAAGAUGAUGCAAAUAUCAUCGAUUUACGUGAACGAUUGUAUUACGCUUUGGGACAUAAGCAACAACAACAAUCUGCAUUUAAUCAAAAAAGCAAUUCAGCAUUUCAGCAGAAUUCUUAUCAACAUAACGCUCCACGUUUGUCACAACCACGAACGAUUUCAACAUCAAGUAAUUCAGGAAUGCCUUUGUUCCAACCACAACCACAAAAUACUUUCAAUACGGGACUUCCCAAUGCAUCAUCAGGUGCAAUGACAUUGAACAAUCAUUUUGAUUCGAAUCCAUCGCCUUGGUCACCGCCAGCUCCAGUUUCAAAGCCUCCACCGACAUUUAUGAAUCCUGCUGAGAAUUUAACGCAACCUGCUAGACCAGCAAGUGUGUCAAGUGUUGGAAGUGCCUCGCAAACCACAUCACUGCCUAAACCUAGACGACUUUUGGAUCCGUCAGUUCAAUCAGGGCCAAGUUAUGGACAAAUUCCAGUUCAAUCAUCGACAAUGUUCAAUCAACCUAAUCCAACAUUCAAUUCUAAUCCCAUUCAACCAGUUCAACCGAUGUUUAAUCCUCUUCCAAUCAAUUCACAACCAACUACGAUGGGAUGGGAACAACAAGGCUAUGGGAACGGUAAUGGCUCACUUCCACCACCUCCAACAUCAACAACACAACAAAUGAUGAAGAAUCCAACUCCACCGCCAGGAUGGAAUGAUCCACCAGAAUUCAAGACAAAAUCUAUGUUUCAAUCACAUAAAAAUGACAUGUCGGCCGAUCAUGCCGGCACAAAAAAAUGGCGUCAAAAACAUGCUGAUGGUCAUCAGGAGAAUAAAAAAGAAGUCACGGUUGCCGCGCCGAUUACACAUCCGAUAUUUGGAGUUGCGGAACCUCAGCAGCAAUACCCAGGAAGUGAUCAAAUGUAUCAACAGCAAGCGAAUUAUGGUGGACAACAGUUUGCUCCUGUUCCAACGCAAAUUCCACCGCCGAUGAGUGGUCAACAACAACAGCAACAAACCAACUUUUACCAACAACCACAGCAACAACAGCAACAACCUCUUGCGCAACAGCAAGUCAAUUUCCAAAAUUUCCAAACUUUCCCUGGUCAACAGCAACCACAACAGACAAUGUCACCGCCACCACAACCAACUCAACAACCACCGAAACAAAAACUUCCACUUCCUGAAGAAUUUAUUUAUCUUCAAACUGUUCUCGAUGAACUUAAAUCGCAAUGCAUUAAUGCGGCUGGGAAUCCGCAAACAAAACGAAAGCUUGAAGAUGUCUCUAAACGUUUGGAAAUUCUUUACGAUCUUCUUCGUGAGAAUCGGCUAUCUACAAGCACACUCGAAUCCCUCAAUCAACUUGUGCAAUUAAUUCAAAUUGGUGAUUAUGGAAAUGGACUUGGUCUUCAUACACAAAUGGUUUCCGGUCCAGACUUCUCAAAGAUUGCUAGCUUCAUGCCAGGAAUUAAAAUUCUUCUCCAAUUAGCCAUGCAACUCCAAGUGUACUUGAGAUGAACUAAUCACAUUUAAUUGAUUUACUUUUUUUUCCUUUUUGUCUCUCAUUUAAUAAUUCUUUUCGUGAGUGAGUAAGAGUGACUCAUGUUAAAAUGUUUAAUUAAGUUUCACUUAUUCUAUGUAACUACGUACGACCCAAUAAAUAUCAGAAGUAAAUAAAUAUUAUUAAAUAAAUUAAAUUAA